AUGGAUGAAUUAAAACAAGCGAUUGUUCCCACUUAUAUUCAGUCGCUUGGUUUAGAAGGAAGUUUGGAGUUAUGGGUUCCUGCUCAUGAAGAUGAUUCCAUCAAUGAAGUAGAAGCCGAAGAACAGAAUUUUGACUGUGAGUCGAUUCUAAAAGGAGAAUUGAUUGCUUUUGAUAGUGGCGUAUUUACUCGAAAAACCAAUUUGUUCCCUCGCUGUGUUCAUUGGAAUGUUUUCAAAAAUCAAACCUUAGUUUUAAGUGAGGUAUCUCUCAAAAAAGAUUCUACCAGCAUACCGUCUUUUAAUAUUAGGAUUCACUUUCCUUCCCAAUUGCUAAAAAACUGCGUAACCUUUGGAUUUGAUGAUGAAAAAGACGAGUUGAGCCUUUUCGUAAUCACGUCUACUAGAGUAUUGUAUUCUAUUCAACUAAAGCCAGAGUGGUUUUUAUCUUCCAAUCCUACUGUUGAUGAAGGUUGGUGCACCUGUUAUCGCCCUCCAUCCUUUCUAACUAAGAGUCCAUCUCAUGCAACUGGUGUCGAUCGUUCCUCAUUGUUUGUCACAUUUAUCUCGGGGGGACUCGUCAAGUUAAACAAAUCACUCAACAAUGACCAAAUCCGAGAAGAACAUUAUCAUGAUUCUAGGUACAUGGCAUCUAUCCGGCAUUAUCUUACUCUCCAGGCGUUCAAAGAUGAAUAUCGUCCGCCUAACAGCAUCGUUUCUAUGGCUUAUAACCAUCGCUACCAUUACCUACUAACUUUGAGUAUGGAUCAUACGCUAAAAAUCUGGAAUUCUUUAAAUGGUGUUUUGUUGGAAAACAUAUCCUUCGAACCCCUUCCUGUGCAAAAUUCAAAUGCACUUUCUUAUUUAUCUAUAGAUAGUUCCACGCAGUCUUAUGUUUCUGUAUAUCAUCCCAAUGAUACUCAUGGAUACUUUUCUCUUUACAAGUUUGAGCUUGAUCAAGAUGAUGGUUCAUUUCUCAAUUUAUCUCCAAUUGUGACGAAAAUUACUCCUCCGAAUUUACCGGAUGAUGAGUAUUUGCCUUGGACUUUAUUAAAAACAAGUCUUAUUUGUUUGGAUGAAGACAAUAAACACUUCAGUUUGUUUUUAGCCUGGAAAAGUAAUCUUCAUGCUGUCGUGCAACGUGCUGAAAUCGUUCCCAACAUAGACCAAACUGCAAAGGUCUUGUGGAAGACCACGAAGAAAAAUACGGUUACUAACUUUGAUAAAUUUUCGUUUGAUAUCCCGACCACUAUUUCUUUCGGUGAUGUGUCUGAAAUAUGGAUUGAUAAUUUAUUGAAGAAUAAAUAUAUAUCUCCCGAAUCAUUGCAGUUAGCUUUCUUGUGUUAUCAAAAAGUUAAUCCUUAUACUUCAAAGUCAAAGAUGGAUUCUUUGCUUAGUGCGUCCAUUAAUGAACUCAUGAAAGAAAUUACCACAAUGAUUAUUGGUUCUGUGCCUGUUCAGCCUGAGUUUGGCUCUUCAUCAUUUGAUUACCCUGCAUAUCGUCAAACUCUUUACAAUGAAUGGGAGCGGUUCGCAAAAUUGACGUUGUAUCUGGAUAGCUUUGGCAACGAAUUGUUGAAUAUUGAAGUAGACUCAAAUUCGAAAAACACGUACGUUUGCUAUGCAAGCAAGAUUGGUGUCUUGCGACAGCCUGUUAAUAUUGAAUACCUGGACGGUGAUUUAAUAAGUAAUAUGCUACAGCUCCCUGAAAUGAAGGCUCCUGAUUUGGUAUCAGGUUACCAGCUAUUAGAUCUUGCUUGCAGUUUGCUGAACUGCUUACCAUCUGCUAUACUUCUGGAAAUACGAUUUUCUCUUCAAGAACUGGUCAAAAACCCUGCCUCUUAUUCAGUAUUCGAUACAUUAUGGAUAUUCUUUGAUAAAUACAUUUAUCCAAAUGUAAACCCGGAUCACUUAAAAUCCCUGGCCGAAAGCUUUGCUUCCCGCGAUAAUCCAAUAGCUGACAUAAAAUCUCUCCUUGAUUAUUUAAAAGGCUUUCCAGAGCGUUCAGUUCGAUUUAGUUAUACCCCUUUCUUUUCGUUGGCGUUAUCAAACACACUUAUUACAGUCCUUGGGAGCUUGCAAACCUCCCUUGAAGCCUUAAUCUUCCUUCUUUCAACUGCUUCCAGCCAACAGGAUGUACAAUUGGAACAAAAGGUAAUUGGCUCCGAUGAAAUAUUUUUAGACUUGCUUGAUAAAUGGAAAAAGGUAAGCUUUUUCGCAGCUACUUUCAACUUGCCUUUAGAAUUCGUUGAUAUCGAUUGUUCGGAAGUCGGUGAUCGUACUUUACAAUCUAACCUUGGCAUAAUUUCCCACCUAAACAGUCCUUUUGAAAUCCUUGCAACCUUUUUUUGCCGUGAAAAUGAAUUAAACAAUCAAUCUUCUGCCUUGGAGAUUAGUAUCAAGUCCUUUGUUUCUCGUUUAUUAGAGAAUUCGUCUAGCAGCCAGAUGAUUUCAGAAGCUUUUGAAAAGCUUCUAUUAUUAAAACAAUACAACGCUUGCUCCGCUUUGUUGAGCUGGCUCGGGUUUGAUUCCAUCUGCCAGUAUCUCAAGGCUACAACCUAUCUAGGAUCUAAAGAAAUUCAAAAAUCCGUCUACCACUUUAAACACGCUAAUCUGAACGUCAACAAAUCAGAAAUAUCUGAGCGUCCCCUUUUAAAACAAUAUGUCGAUACAGCUCAAAAAUAUUCACUUGACUGUCAUCUGUCCAGUUAUUAUUUGCACGUUUCGAAGCUGUUAUCCACUGAGGGAGCAUGUGUUGAUGCUCUUGAAUUUUCUUUGAUGGCUGACUCAUUGAAAGGAACAGAUGUAAAUCUAGCUUCUGAUAUUAGGAGGCAGUUAUUCGUCACGUCCUGCGCUUCUUCAAAGUUCGACACCGCUUACUCUACACUUCUAUUAAUGAAGGACAAGAAAGAAAAGAGUGAUGCACUCAAUAAAUUUGUGAAACAGCUGGCUUUUAAAGGAAAACUGUUUCGACUUAUUGAUUAUUCGAUGCCAUCGCUACAGGACGAAGUUGAUAGUAUCCUAGAAAAAAGAUCCUUCCAGAUGAUUGACGUCCGAAGUCAACCAUGCUGGUAUAACGUAUUAUAUAGUUGGCGUUUGAAAAAUCAGAAUUACCGUGAUGCCGCUGCAAUAAUUUAUGAAAAACUAUCACGCUUACUUUCUUUAGAUGGCUUCAAAAAGGAUCAAGAAACUGAAAUAUUGGAAAACUAUCUUAUUGUUUUGAAUGCUCUUAAGCUAUUAGAUCAUGAAGAAGCGUGGAUGUUGGUAACUGAUGUAUCCAAGUUAACAAAUGGUAACGAACAACAGUACUUUCCUCAGAAGUUAGUUACUUUGGAUAACGUUUCGAUGGAAUAUGAAGCACACCUUCAGAAUAUUGCUAGGGAAGUUACAGCUCAAAUCUCUUCCGCUGCUACUAUAGAUUUUUAG